GUGCAAGUUUAAUAAUCCAAAUUGUUAGCAUUUUAUACCUUUUGAACAUCUUUGUGCUCCAGCCAACAGUACCAGAAACCAAAACUGAAAUGGGUAGAUUUAUUAAGAGUCUCUUGCUGUGAGGGUAGCAAAAAGAAGAAAAAUGAAGGUGAAGAGUUGAUGGUAGCUGAAAACGUGAUGAUUUUUUAGCUGUGGAGAAGCGAAAUUUUCUCUACUAAAGUUGAUUAUAUUACACAACUGGAUGCAUUUUCCGUCAGUACCAAUUAAGGACUUUGCAAAAGCAUGUGACAAAGGGAUUUUGUGAGGCUGGAAACAUGCUUUCAGGUCCAGGGAAUUGCAAUGAUGUGCUGAUCAGGUUUACCUUAUGAGGUCCCAGUUCACCAGGAAAAGGUUCCCUUUUUCAAUCUUCUGAAGAGUAUUAUAUUACAAGGAAAAAGAGCUAGCUCACGCCCUUGCACACCUUAAUCAUUUUCCAUUUGUAAAAAGCACAAAAAAAUAAAGGAAAUGCAAACAAGGCACGACUGCUUAAUAGAUAAAUAGUGUAAGAAAAACAUGAACAACUUAACCGCACCUUUCUAGUGUAUAUAUAUCUUGACUAGUUUCCUUAUAAUUUUUGUGCAUCUUCAAAUGAACCGGUUAGCCAAUGCUUUCAUUGCUUUGCUUUUGCCAUUGUUUCUGUUAUUGCCAAUUGAGAUAGUAGAAGCUCAAGUAAAAACCAAAUGGGUGCAUUGGAAUGCAACUGCUGGCUCAUCACCAUGGCUAGGGCAAGUAGCAAACGCGAGGCCAAGACCAGGUGUGUGCAUGUUCACGCCAUGGACAUGUGAACGAGGAGAACAUCUACCAACAGCUCGGAUGCUGUGUUGUGGGAACCAAUGUGUUGAUGUUUCCUCUGAUGAUACGCACUGUGGUUUAUGUGGGAUUAGAUGUCCGUUUAAUUGGCAAUGCUGCAGGGGAAUCUGUAUCAAUACGAAUAUUAGCCCUUUUCAUUGUGGUAGAUGUGGACAUAGAUGUCCUUGGGGGGUUCCAUGCUUGUAUGGGAUGUGUGGAUAUGCACAGCCUUCACCACCACGGCCAUUUCCGUGGCCACCACACCCUCCUCAUCCACCAGAACCAUUCCCCCCUCACCCUCCUCACCCAAGGCGACCACCAAUCCCUCACCCUCCUUGUUCUAGGCCACCACCCUUGCCUCAUCCUCCCCAUCCUCACCCAAGGCCACCACCAUUACCUCAUCCUCCUUGCUCUAGGCCACCACCCUUGCCUCAUCCUAUUAGACGGCCUGGGAUUUGCCCUCCAGGUUUGCCGCAGCCCCCAGAAGGUGAUCAGCCGCUUCAGCCCCCAUAGGGUGAUCGGCCAGAAACAUAGGGUUGAACUUAUUGAAUUUCCACCUGAAUAUUCUAGUUGUGUUCCCUAUUCUAUUGGAUUUUAUUAUCUGCUCACUUUCUCAACAAAGGGAAAGCUAAGAUAAAAGUCUUGUAUAUGUUACAGUAGGAUUCCCUGGUGUUUUUCUAGGAGUCCUUACAAAGUGGCAUUUGUCUCCCUCAAAAUGAUUAUUCUCUUUACGUUGCUGCUUUGAAUUAUUGUCAACAGUUAUUAAACAAUAUAAGGGAAUGAUUAGAGAAAUUAUCCUUCAAUUAAACAGUCAAAAUGAAGAGCAAGUUAGCAAUUUGCAGGAAGCAGUUACAUUUCUUUUUGACUGGUCCUCCUUCAGUUAUUUCCUCUUUCAGUGCAUUAUAUUCAUCAAAGAUAAUUCUUCAUCAACCCUUCUCCUUAUUUUAAACCGACUUUAUUCUACUGAAAAACAGGCUCAGCCUUCACAUCAAAUCCAUUCAUGAAAUGGGUUGA